GGUUGUGUGCAGAUUGAGUGCAGGUGACAAAUGGUUCUAGGACGACUGUCGUUUCUAGUCGUUUCUUCUCGCUCUGUCUGCAUUUUGCACCCUCACCGGUGACACGGGUUAGGCGUUUUAUUGUGGGGUGGGUUAAAGUUUAAUCACUUUGUGAUGGUUACAUAUUGAAAAGCGCACCAUUACCCAUCAACAGAUUGCAGAUUGUAACAAACGCGCACAGCGUACACUCGGAUGCCGAGGCCCCCCGAGAGGAAUCAAGACAUUAAAAUAAGCUAUUCACGGUUAUCGAGCUACAAAAAUGGUCAAAAAGACAGUGAUUGUGGCAUUGGCGUUGCUGCUGUUGGCAGCGGUUGCUACCUUUGUGGGUGUCUUCUUUGGUGUGGGGAGAAAAACGUCCUCCGGCUUUAAGGCAGCUGUUGCGGCAGACGCGGGGCCGUGUUCGGAGAUUGGCAGAGACAUACUGUGGAAAGGCGGGUCUGCGGUGGAUGCCACCAUAGCUAGUUUAUUGUGUGUUGGAUUAAUGAACGCUCACAGUAUGGGCAUAGGAGGAGGACUUUUCAUCACCAUUUACAACGCACAAACUGGGAAAGUCGAGACCAUUGAUGCCAGGGAGACGGCACCACACAAUGCAUCCGAGAACAUGUUUGGGAACAGCACAGAUUUAUCCCAGAAAGGAGGAUUGUCCAUUGCCGUACCGGGGGAGAUCCGAGGUUAUCAGAUGGCGCACCAACGACAUGGAAAACUGCCCUGGAAAGAUUUGUUUGCGCCAAGCAUUGAACUUGCGAGGAACGGAUUUCCUUUGGGCAGGGCCCUGGCCAACGCUAUCAACAGUAACAGGAACACAAUCAUGAAAGAUCAAGCUUUGUGUGAAGUGUUUUGUGGGAAAGACGGCAAGGUCCUAAAAGAAAACGAAACCAUCAAAUUCACUAAGCUGGCAGAAACCUACCAAAAAAUAGCUGAAGAGGGUCCAGACGCUUUCUACGGGGGACAACUAGCUGAGAACCUCGUGAGAGACAUUCAGGCAGCAGGCGGUAUCAUCACAAUGGAGGAUCUGUGGGAUUAUGUGCCUGUCUUGGAUGAGAACCCUCUGAGGGUGAAUGUGGGGGAGUACAGCCUGGCCGUUCCCAAUGCCCCCGCUAGCGGCCCUGUGCUAUCUCUGAUUUUAAACAUCUUGAACGAGUACAACUUCACCGCAGAUAGUGUGGCAACCACUGAGAAAAAGAUCCUAACCUACCAUCGCAUUGUGGAGGCCUUUCGUUUUGCGUACGCAAAGAGGACCUUGCUUGGAGAUCUCAAGUUCCUCAACAUCUCAGAUCUCAUCCAGAAUAUGACUUCACCCUCCUAUGCCAAAGGCCUCCGACACAAGAUUACCGACGACACCACGCACCACAUGAACUACUACGAGCCAGAGUUUUACCUGCCUGACAACCACGGCACCUCACACAUCUCUGUCGUGGCUGAGGAUGGAAGCGCCGUGGCUGCCACCAGCACCAUCAAUCUAUAUUUGGGCUCCAAAGUCAUGUCACCGUCAACAGGAAUACUUCUCAAUAAUGAGAUGGACGACUUCAGCUCCCCACUCAUCACAAAUGGCUUUGGUGUGCCUCCUUCACCAAACAACUUUAUCAGGCCAGGGAAAAGGCCGAUGUCUUCCAUGUGCCCAACCAUCCUCUUUGACAAAAACAACAAGGUUAAGAUGGUGGUCGGUGCCUCCGGAGGAACAAAAAUCACUACCUCCACUGCUCAGGUUAUCCUGAAUGCGCUGUUCUUUGACUACGACCUGAACAAAGCCGUGUCAGAUCCGAGGGUCCAUAACCAGCUGAGUCCCAACAUCACUGUAGCAGAACCCGACUUUGACAGAAGCGUCCUUGAGGGUUUGGCAAAGAAGAACCAUGAGACAGAGUUCCUCAAAUCAACAGGAGCAGUGGUGCAGGCAGUGGUUCGCUAUGACGACGGGCUCCAAGCCGAGUCAGACCCUCGCAAGUGGGCUUACGCAGCAGGAUACUGAGGUCAUUAACGCAACCCUGAUUAUCACCAAUGGUAUGACAGUUUAGAAACUUAAUAAAGAACUAGCGGCCGGGAUCAGCUGGUUCAGGCGCCAGAUGUUUAGGACUUAAGCUCCAAUAAUGUACAUGUGCUUCACAGCACCCAGUGCGUCAGUAUUGGCCAUUCAAUGCAAUCAACAAAACAUGCAAAAGAAAAUGUUGCAUGGUAUUUCAAAGUUCGGCUUUACUGUUUUUUGUAAAAAAUUAAAUAUAUAUAUAUACAGUAUGUGAGAACAAAGAUACAUGUAAAUGUUUAAAUCUGUACUUACUAUUGAAACACCAUGUUCUCUAAACACGGUCAUAAAAUAAUACAAUUCCUAUACAUAUUUAUGAAGCACUUUUGUAAAUCAUUAGCUGCGUAAAGCUGGUUCCAUACAUUGUUUUCCAGUAAAGAUCUGGCAUGUGACAUCAAAAUACUAAUAAUCAGCACACAACUCUAGAUUAAGGUAAAUAUUAACAGAAAAAAAAUAAAAAUGCAGAACUCAGCUCUAAUUUUCAGUAAUUUUUAAACUUUGACAUAUCAUAGUUGUUCGUAUUUGAUGAUGGAGGUACUGCAGAGGAGCUGCUGUUAAAAUGAAGGACUUUAACAUCUCAGGGACAAGCAGUACUGUAGACUAUACAUAACGACUUACAGUGAUUUCCCACAACCCAGAGUGCAAUGACCUGCAGUGACCCCAUAAGAACAGAACAGAUGUUGCUGCCUGUCCUCACUCUUCUCAGCUGUAAAGUAAACGUGUUACAUAAUUAUUGAAAUGUAUGUAAGUGUAAAAUAUCAGCUUUUUUGUGACGGAUGACCGGUUCAUAUGUCAUGAUACAAUGUGGAUUAAUGUCCAUGACACUUACCAGGCAUAUAUUUAUUAAAAUACAUACAGUAUAAAAAAUUAAACUCACAGUGUGAUUUGA